UCAGAUCUCGCUCCUUACUGAGCUUUACUAAACGGAUAUUUAACCGCCACCCAACCGAGACACCACCCCUACCAGCUCCAACCUGCUGCUAUGUGUAAAGGACUAGCAUCGCUGCCCACCUGCUGCCUGGAAAGGGCCAAAGAGCUGAAAGCAAGGCUGGGAAGCAUUCUGCAAAAACCCAACUGGAAUCUAUCCGGCUGCAAAAUGGGGCACAAUAAGCCAACCAUGGAGGAAUGCCUUAGGUGGAAACAGUCCUUUGAAAAACUCUUGUCCAGCAAAUAUGGACUGUGUGCCUUCACAGCCUUCCUGGUGUCUGAGUUCAGCGAAGAGAACAUCGCGUUCUACUUUGCCUGUGAGGAUUACAGGAGUACCAAAUCUCCUGCCAAAUUAUCAGCCAAAGCCCAGAAGAUCUAUGAUGAAUUCAUCGGCAGCGACGCUCCCCGGGAGAUUAACAUUGACCACGAAACUCGGGAUAUCACCAAAGCCAACAUGCUGGAGCUGUCAUCUUCUUGCUUCGACCUGGCCCAGCACAAGAUCUACAUGCUCAUGGCCAAAGACUGCUACCCUCGGUUCCUCCGCUCUCCAGCCUACAGGGACCUAGUGUGCCAAGCCAAACCAGGCGCCAAGGCCACCAAGCAGCCCCGGCAGGAGAAGAAGGCGUGAUUAUCUCUCCGUGAGCUGAUGGAGAAUUGUUAGUGUUAGCGGUCGCCUUAAGGGUUGAGAAGGCAAGACAGGCAUGGCGUUAGGUGCUGCAUCAUAAAGCUGGACGCAGUUGCAGACACAGAGAUCGUGACGAUCUAGAAAGCGGCAGUGGAUGAGCGCAUUCUGUAGGCGCCGUCCAUUCAAAGAUAUGGACAGAUUGAAGGGAAAUGGAAAAUGGAGGAGAAGUUGAUGCCUUAAGUGGAUUGUGUGAAUACAGAUGAUGUUUGGACAGCAAAGUCAAAAGAAAGUGUAUCACACUGAGACAAUCAAACAGGAGGGCAGGAGAAGUGGGAAAAACACUUUUCUUUACAAUUAGGCACAUUUCUGUGAUUGUGAUAUAUAAUGUUCCUCUGUCAGAUUCUUACACUGUUUGUGAACAGGCAUGUAGGAUACUUUAUGAUUUUGUAUUUAUUUGUAUUUAUUUGACUGUAAUAUAUUUGUUGCAUUUUUACCAAACAAAGAUAAAAAAUGUGCAAUUUAAU